UGAGCAUGAACACUGAGCUCAUAAAGCGAAACGGAAAUAUAAUUUCCUUUACAAAAUGUGAGCAUAUCAACCAAUAAUUUCAUUUCGUUUCAACCUCAUCUUGACCUUUCUCACAAUCGGUGUCGAGGCGUGAACGCGCACCGUCUGGACUGCCGUCUGGUCAGACAACUCGGGAGGCAAAUAGGAGGGGCGAGUAUCGGGGAUGCCACGGGAAUGAUUCAUUAACCCCGCACAGCCCACAUCCGCAUUUAUGGCUUAGUUUCUCCUGAAGUGUAAGCCAUAAUAGCCUAUCUAUUGUUCUCGCCAUCACUGAAGUAACUUAAAUAUCCCCUACUGCUCAUAUUCACCUCGCACACGGAGCACAUGACGGAGGACCAGAGAUGUUCUGAAUGAAAGAAGGAUCUGGCAGCCUUUGGAUAACAAUGCUGGAGAACUUGAGCGGAGCCCACAUUGAUCGAUCCGGCCCUAGAUCAUCCACAUUCAGCUUCUCUGCCCUGUUUGCUCUGCCACACCACCUUCACAUGGAUGGAAGCAGUCAUCCAUUCAGGAGGACUCUGUACCGGUUAAAGUUGGUAAGUUCUCCGAAUCUGAGUCAGCUGGGGAAAAAUGAAAAGGCUUCACUGGAGGAAAGAGGAUCAGGGCCUAAUGUGAUAUGGAACAGCAUUCACAAUGCAGUUAUUGCUGUAUUCCAAAAGAAAGGACUGGCGGACAACGAACUCUAUACACUCAAUGAAGGCGUGAGGCAGCUAUUGAAAACUGAGCUGGGCUUGUUCUUUACAGAAUACCUCCAGGUAAGAAUUUGUAAGUUUUUUUCCAGAUAUGUGUUUGUUCCAAUAUAUAUGUUUUAUAAAAACAAAUACAUUUUUUACCUUUUUUUCCCUCAUGAUCAGAAUCAGCUUUUAACUAAAGGCAUGGUCAUUUUACGGGACAAAAUAAGGUUUUAUGAAGGUCAGAGGUUAUUGGACUCUUUGGCUGAGACAUGGGACUUUUUCUUUUGUGAUGUUCUGACUAUGCUUCAAGCCAUCUUCCAUCCCGUCCAGGGUAAGGAGCCAUCUGUGCGUCAGCUGGCCCUGCUGCACUUUCGAAACACCAUCACCCUUAACAUGAAGCUGGAGGAGGCUCUGUCCAGACCGCGAGCCCGUGUCCCUCCCUCCAUCGUCCAGAUGCUUUUAGUGUUACAGGGGGUUCAUGUAUCCAAAGGAGUGAGUGAAGAAUACCUGAAGCUGGAGUCUCUCAUUCAGAAGGUGGUGUCGCCGUACCUGGGCACGCAGGGACUGUGUUUACAUGAGUGUGGCGCCUCUCAGUGCUCCUGUGUUAUUGUGACAAAGAGGUGUUUGCAGUAUUGCUGGUCUAAGUCAGCAGAACUGCCCUCCAGUAAUCCAGUAGUGCGCUCCAAGAGUUACAACAUCCCCAUUCUGACCCCCGUGGCUGAGUACGACUCUGAAGUGAGCUCUGUGGGCAGCGUCGGCAUCCGGCGUCACUCUGCAUGUGAUGUCACUUCCUGCAUAGAGCCCCAGGGCUAUUCGACCCUGACUGUGGGAAUAGAGACCAGCUCAACCCCCAGACUCUCACUCGAUCACGAGCUCACCCUGUCCAGUGUGAUGGGAGGGGCUGCGGGACAGCCAGCUCUGAUUUCUCCGCCCAUCUUCAUCCACACCUCCACAGGCUGUCUGCAUGCAGCGGACGCCCCAAUGGCUUCAUCUGAGGUGGACAAGGCCCUUUCGUCGCCCCCGAGCUGCUCCUCCAGUCCGGAGACGAUUGUAAUGCAGGGGCUAGACUCACUGGAAUCAGAUCCUGACGGAAUCUUCAUCGACUUUUCCCACUGCCACUCCGAUUCUUUCGGAACCAGCAGAAAAACUAGCUGAUGGAAUCAAUUUCUGUGAAGAAUCCAUUUCAGAUUUUUUUGAUUAUAAACUACCACUAUUCUGUGAACUUGUGAAGUAGCUAUGUACGUUGUGAUUUUUCAAAAAGCUCAAAAGCUAAAGCUGCUUUGUGUGAACAAUGGGAGAAGAUUUGAUUUGAAGUGAUUGUUUUCUUAAUGUUCUAAACCUGUGGAUGAAUUUUUGAAAUUUUCUACUUUUUCAUAGACAAUAGAGGAGGGUAAUUGCACCUUUUAUCGCGCAAUUUUGAGUUUAUAUCUCACAAUUCAGACUUUUUUUCCCUCUGAAUUGCUGGUUGUUAAUUCAUAAUUGCAAGAAAAAAGGUUGCAAUUAUGUUAAUUCAAUUCACAAUUCUGAGGAAAAAGUCAAUUGUGAAAUGUAAACUUGCAAUUUUGAGUUUAUAAUUUGAAAUUGUGAGAUAUAAAUUCGUAAUUAUGAGAAAAAAGCCAGAAUUGCGAUUAUUGUUUUUAUUUUUAUUCCAUGGCAGAAAUAAGCUUCCAUAUUCAUUUUGUUUAAAGGUGUGGUCACAUUUACUCUUGUCAAAUUUUCGCAGACGAAAUCCAGUCAUUUCAAAAGUCAUUUCGUUUCACAUGAGGGGCUGAAGAUUUCGCAGUGGGUUCAAGUUGGUCACAUGGAUUUACCACAUUGACCAGCAGGAAGCUGAUUGGUACAUAAGUUACGUCUGUGUGAGCUGUACUUCAUACAUCAUUACAUAAUAAACAAUAGACUACUGGCCUUUUUUACUAACAAUAUUGUGACUGCACCUUAAAUGAGCUUCACGUGUCGCAAUUUGUUAUGAGAUGACAGUAUGUCUAAAUGUAGAAAUCUCUUCCAUUAUUGUUGCUCUUGAUCUCAUGCACUAUUUAUUGUCUUAGGGCUUUAAACGAACUACAUUUAAUGCUUUUUAAUCAUUGCCAAGCUAACCUGCACUCUUAAUGGUAUGAAAAGAAAUGAGUCUCUUAUUCUGGGAGAAUAACAGUUGCUGAUGAUAAUACAGUGCAGAAUAUUGUACGUCUUGAACAUUCUGUUUUUCCAAAGCUUGUUGCUUUUUUAUGUGACGAUAAUGUGCUGCCUGAAAGUUAACAGGCUUGCUAACUGAAUGUGUUAACGAAAACUCAUUGGUUGAAUAGUAUGAAUACAGAAAUAUGCUUUUGGAUGAAACUGAAAUACAAAUUUCCACUUACUGACUAAUAAAAGCUAU